AUGGAUGAGAGGUCAACACUCAAAUGUUAUGGACUAAAUCAACAUGAAAAACUUUGCACACAGAUGGCAUUUCCUUUUGUGUUUCCUUUGUCUCAGGAGCGGAUCCCGGAGAGUCCUUCUCCUGCGCCCUCUCUGGAAGAAAGUCAUCGCCCUGGGAGCCAGACAUCCUCCCACCCCAGCAGCAGUGUGUCCAGCUCUCCCUCUCAGAUGGAUCAUCAUUCAGAGAGAAUGGAAGAGGUACCAGUUCAAAUUCCAAUGAUGAAGUCACCCUUGGACAAGAUCCAAUUGACUCAGGGGCAGGCAUUGCCCCCUGGAUUCCCAGGACCAUUCAUUUUUGCUGAUAGUCUAUCCUCCGUGGAGACUCUGUUGACCAACAUUCAGGGUCUACUGAAAGUGGCUUUGGAUAAUGCUCGCAUCCAGGAGAAGCAGAUUCAACAAGAAAAGAAGGAACUGCGAAUAGAGCUCUAUAGAGAGAGAGAAAUUAGAGAAAACCUUGAAAGACAACUUACAGUUGAGCUGCAGAGCAGAACUACCAUGCAAAAGCGCCUGAAAAAAGAGAAAAAAGCCAAGAGAAAACUGCAGGACGCCUUGGAAUUUGAAUCAAAGCGCCGGGAGCAAGUGGAGCAGGCACUUAAGCAAGCCAGUAGUGACAGUGGCCUGAGGAUGUUGAAAGAUACUGGAAUGCCAGAUAUUGAAACAGAAAACAAUGGGACUCCUCAUGAUAGUGCUGCUAUGCAAGGAGGUAACUAUUACUAUUUAGCAAUGGCACAACAGUUUUAUUCAGCCUGAAAGGUCCUCGCUGGCUUUACAUAAAUGAAGAUGCUUGUGAUUCCAGUUUAACUCUGAAACUAUUCAACAUGGAGUUAUUUCAAUUGUGUUUAUCAGCAAAGCUUUGUUUACUGAAGCAGCUAUUCAAUCUAUGUUAUGUUAAUAAAAAAAGAUCAUGUGUACAUUUUAAAAGCAAUGAUGUAAACUUUGUCCUUGCAUUAGAUUGACCAGUUUAAGAAUAUGAGUUAAAUCCUAAUGGCUAAAGUAACUUGACCAUAUUUGAUGCUUUUCUAUGUUCAUUUCAGCUUGGCUUUUUUGUGUUUUAAGGAAUAAAAUGCAGUAGUGUGUUAGAGACUAGAAAAUUAUAUGUAUUGUUUCUUUGUUCUACCAUAUAUUAAGUUAAGGUACACCUUCUUUGAUAAAAAUGUACUUGCUAAACUUCAGUAUAAAUAAAAGAAUUUUGACUUUG